AUGGAAGCCUCUUCCUCCUCUCCUCCUCCUCCUCCUCCUCGACCACAACCCGGCUGCGACAUGGAAAUCCACCAUCCUCCGGUCACCAGCGAUUGGGACUGGGGUGAUCUGUUGGACUUCACCGUAGACGAUCAAUUCCCUUUAUCUUUUGACACUGUUGGUGACGUCACCCAAACUAUUGACAAUCCAACGUCAGAAAUUGAGUCUCAACAUGUUCAAGUUCCUGUUUCUGAUCGGGUAAGGAAGCGAGACCCGAGAUUGACUUGCUCCAACUUUCUGGCGGGUCUGAUACCGUGUGCAUGUCCGGAGAUGGAUGCAUUAUUACUAGAGGAAGAGUCAGCUAUGCCUGGAAAGAAACGGGUGAGAGUUGCUCGGGCUGGGUGGAGUAUUGCUAGGUGUCAAGUGCCGGGUUGUGAAGUGGAUAUUAGUGAACUCAAAGGGUACCAUAGAAGACACAGGGUUUGUUUAGGGUGUGCUAAUGCUACUGCCGUUGCACUUGAUGGGCAAACUAAAAGAUACUGUCAACAGUGUGGCAAGUUUCAUGUGUUAUCGGAUUUUGAUGAAGGGAAAAGGAGUUGUAGAAGGAAGUUAGAGAGGCAUAAUAAUAGGAGGAGAAGGAAGCCAGCUGAGUCUAGUAAAGGUGGUGCAGGUGAUAAGGAAGUCCAAGGGGAUUUGCCAACUGAAGAUACUACUUGUGAUGCUGAAGCUGAGAAAAAAGAUGGUAUGUGCUCCAGUGGUCAGAUGGUGGAGAAAGAAGGUUUGGUUGAGUCUGAAGACGGACAUAAUUCAAACUUGCACUCUGAUCCUAAUUCUCAAAAUGUUAAUAGUGACAGUGGAGUAUCUUUCACUGUUUCCGGGGAUGCACAAAUUGAUGGGGGAAAAGAUGAUUCCAAAUUUUCAAUUUCUCCCUCACAUUGUGACAAUAAGAGUACUUACUCAUCCAUGUGCCCGACAGGUCGGAUCUCAUUCAAGCUUUAUGAUUGGAAUCCAGCAGAAUUCCCUAGAAGGCUUCGACACCAAAUAUUCCAAUGGUUGGCCAGUAUGCCUGUUGAGUUGGAGGGAUAUAUUCGGCCGGGAUGCACUAUCCUGACUGCAUUUAUUGCGAUGCCAACAUUUAUGUGGGUGAAGUUAUUUGAAGAUCCUGUGUCAUAUUUGAACAACCUUCUUGGUAGUGGAAAAAUGCUGUCUAAAAAGGGCCGUAUGCGUGUUUAUCUGAAUAACAUGAUCUUCAAUGUCACAGAAGAUGGAAAUUCCGUGAAGAAAGUCAAUGUGGAAGGGCAUGCCCCAAGACUUCACUAUGUUCAUCCUACAUGUUUUGAGGCUGGAAAGCCCAUAGAGUUUGAUGUUUGUGGAAGCUUUGGUUUUUGUAUUCCUCCUGAUGAUAAUAGCCUUGCUGCUCAGCUCCAAGCCAAAAACAUACAAGUUGCAUGCUGGAGUUCCCUUGAGCAUCUCUACCAUAUCUUGCGCAUGAUUAUUGUCGUUGCGUUACCACAAGUUCAUACCAAAGGAGGUUCAGGUCUUAACCAUCAGUUGUACAAAAUACUCACUAGUUGUAUUGAACCUAAUCUCUUAGGUCCGGCAUUUAUUGAGCGUCGUGUGUGCUUUUUGCCCAUUCGUUUUCCUUUUCUGGAAGUAAAAUCAAUUUGUUCUGAGAUGCCAAAAUACCACCUGGAGGCUGAGGUUGAGAAUGAGAGUGGCUUAUCAAACUUUAUUCCUGUACUUAUUGGGGACAGAGAAAUUUGUUCUGAAAUGAAAAUAAUUCAGCAAAGAUUAGAUGCAUCUCAUUCAUUUGGCGCAGAGUGUGAGGUUUCUACAACGAGACAAAUGGCAUUUUCGGACUUUAUUACGGACAUUGCUUGGUUUCUAAAGGAGCCUUCAGCAGAAAAUUCUCAACAAACAAUGACUUCUUUUCAGAUUCAAAGAAUCAAUUCUUUGUUGAAUUUCUUGUUACACCAUGAAUCAAUCAUCAUUUUGGUUAAAAUUUUAAAAAGCCUGAAGAUCAUGAUGAACAAAAUGGAGGUCGAUAUUAAUAAUGGCACUAGUGAUGCUAAUAUGAGGCUAUUGCAGAGUUACAUGGAUUACGCGAGCAAUAUUCUUCAUGAAAAACUUGAGAGAAGUGAAGUUUUGAAGCAUCACUUGGAAUAUUCUGGACAGGAAAACAAUUGCAUUUCAGGAAGCUGCUGUGGAAGUGACAUGUCGUCAGGUGCUCUCUCUAGUGAGAACUUGGGGCAAAGACCAAGUGGUGGGUUGGCAGUAGUGGAAAACUCCAAUUCUAUUGUUAGAAGCGAUGAGUUGCCUCUUUUGAAUAGAGAUGUUGUUAUGACGAUGAACCUUAUCAACGAAAGGCCAAAGAAAUCAUGCGGUUUUGUUUUCUCUAACAAAGUCUUAAAGUAUCGUCCUUCAGUGUUUGUAAUUGCUAUUAUUGCCGUUUGUUUUGGAGUAUGUGCCAUUCUUCUCCACCCUCAUAAGGUUAGCAAACUUGCAGUAUCUAUACGCAGGCUCCUAUUUCUCGGUGCGGCCUUGAUCCCAGAUGGGCAUUCUCAUCAGGAUAGAUUCAUGGCAUUCCCAAGAGUUGGAGUGGAGCAAUGGGUAGACUCUAACAACUUAUCUCUUGUUAGUUUGAAACUAUGGUCGAAGGAUAAAGGUUAUCACAAUGUGAGAGGGUUUUUAUACAAGCUUGGGCAUCGAGUCUUGGAGAAUGGAGUUAGGGUUAUGAAAGAUGAGAACCACUUGAUGGAAAUUAAAACCUACAUUGAGAAAUUUAGGAAUGAUAUUUUAGAUAUUUAUGUUGACCAUAAUAUAAAUACACAUGUUAUUGAUGUUGAUCAUGAAGAACGUAUCGUUAAUAAGGAUUUUGAGUCCGAUAAGAAUCAUGAUACAUUUUGUACAAUUUUUAAUGGUGAAUUUAAAUAUGAAUUUGGUACAACAAAAUAUGAAUUUGGUGUAGUUGAUGAUAAUGAGGAGCAUUUUAGUGAUUUUGAGGAUAGUGAGGAUGAUAAGGAUGAAAAUGAAGAUAUCUUUGAGAAUUUAUAUGAGAGAGGGCAGCCACAAUAUGGUAAUAUAGAUGAAACAAGUGAGAGAAUGGUAUAG